AUGGAGUUUGUUGAUCCGGAGCCUGCUGUGGCCCCUGAGCCGGUAGUUGCUCCUGACCCUGCGUUAGAGCAUGACCCUGUUCAUGCCAAUGCACCUGUUGUUGCUCCUUUCGUUGAUGAUUUACCUGUUGACGAUCAUCCUAUUGUUGCUGGACCGUUGGAGGAUGGUCAUGCUGUUGAUGCUCAUGUUGAUGUUCCAUUUUUGUUAGAGGAUCCUAUUGUUGCUCCACCAUUAGCGGAUGAGCAUGUUGAUGCCAUUCCUGCUGAUCCUGUUGUUGCACCACUUCCUGAUCCAGUGCCGGUGAUGUUCGACCGCGCACCUUUUGCGACCCAUAUCGAUCCACAAUACGCUUACACCCACAAUGGGUGGAUAGACGAUGACGAUGAUUUCCCACCUUUCGUGGUACCUGUUACACCACCUGUAGCCCCUGUUUCAGCCCCUGUUUCAGCUCCCAUUGAUGCACCUUUGUUUCCCACACACGUCACAGAUGCGCAUCGCGCAGAUCUUCCUGUUACAUUUCUUUAG